GUCACUUCAAAUCAUUACCAAUCCGAGUGCCAGAAGAGAAGUAACAAUCCGUAAACCAUGAAGUCUACCAUUGCUGGAGUUGCCCUGCUGCUGUUUGUGCUUAGCGCGUCCUCAGUCAGCGAUGCCUUUGUCCGCAACUCGCCCUUGUCCUGCUACAAGUGCUCCGGUUCCAGUUGCGACAACCCGGAGGUAGUCACCUGUGGCUCCAGCUCCGAUGACCAGUGCUACCUGGAGUUCUACCAGGGCACCGGCAAUAUCAAGAACAGUGGCUGCCGUUCCGAUUUGGAUGAGGAGUUUGUGGACGACUACUUCCACUUCAUUCAGUUCUGUGACGGAAGCAAGUGCAACACCGCUGACAUCAUUCCCUCGACAACCAAGUGCAUUGCCUGCGACUCCCGGGAGGAUUCAAACUGUGCCACUGAUCCCAGCAAGAUUACCUUGAUUGGAAACUGCGGAGUGAAGCCCUACACCAAGUGUAUGGUGCGAGUUAUGAGCACAUAUAGUGGAUCUACCUAUGUUCAGCGUGGAUGCGUGAGCAGCUUGGAACGCGAGAACCUGGAGAACUGUUUGGCCGGACGUGGAAAGUGCAGGACCUGCUCGGGCGACCUCUGCAACUUGAAGAUCAACCCUGACGAUUUGUAAUGCUCCAACAUGGGCCAUAACCGGCAUGUGGUGCACUUCGCCGGUUAGCUUAUACACCAGAGAUUUAAGGACACAAGUCCUGGCUCAUAAUAAAUGAAGUAAUUGGCUUCAAUAAAAUCAAUUUGUUAAAACAAUAUUUUUAAAAAAUAUACAUAUAUGCAAGUU